GCUGGAGUGAGUAGUCCACGAGCUAGCUGUCAUCCUGGUCGAUUGAAAAAUCCGAGAUCGAUCCUCCUGAUCCUCCAGAAGAUCCAGCUGCAGCUGCUCCUCCUCCGGAGCCAUGGAAACAGUGCACACGGCCAUCGGGGUGACGAGCGUAGUGGCCAUGCUGUUGGUGGUUACCCACUCGCUAAAGCAGUUGGGUGGCCGGGUGCUGGAACAAACCCGUGAACCGAUCUCCGACCUUGUGACCCGGGGCGGUCCUGUGGCCGAUCAGCUGACGGCCGUGGAGGGAGAAACUCCCUUGGUCGAAGGAGAUCGCAUGGAUGGGGCCUGUUCCGUGGUCCAAAGUAUUGGAGGCAAGGCAUGUGCCUUGGUGGGUCCUCUGCUGCCCAGAUUGGGGAGCGAUCGCAAGUCCAGGGACUCCUCGCCAGAGGAGGAAAAGGCCAAAAAGGACUCGGAGCAGGCAGCUGGGAAACGGGAAACACCGCCUGCGGCAGAUCCACCGGAAGAGGAGUAAAAUCCAGCCAGCGAAGGAAAUCAGU